UUUUGGUGGUUGUUUUUUUGUUGUUUUUUUUUUUUUCUUUUAUUUUUAUUUUUUUCCUCCGGGAUUCUCCUUUCUCGUGCCAGACCGACUUGCACCUUCUUGAUAAUUUCUCUUCCCCUCGUUUUUUUUAUACUCUUCUCCCUUGCUUCCAAACCCUGUGUCUGUGUGUUUCAAUACUAUCACAACCUCUGCUAAAAAUAGAUCUUUUUAUAUACCCUUCCUUCUCUCUGACCCCAUCCAACACCCCUUGUUAAGGAGACCAUUUUACACCAAGAGCAAGAAAGGUGAAUUCACUUGGCUCUUCCAUAUCUCUAAGGGAUCUGAUGCAUGAGUGGACUAGAAGAAAUAAAGAGAAAAACAACUCCAAAGACCUACAGAUCACCUUGCUGGCAGGGGCAUACUCAACAUUUUUAAAUAACUUCCUUGAGACAGCAGAGUGACUUCAAAACCAGACCACCACCAACAGUUUUUUAAAUAUCACUGGUCUUUUGACAAGUUGAUUAAGUGAAUAGAAGAAAAAACCCAGAAAAACGAAGCUGCUUUCAAGUAUUGAAGAUACAAGGCCAGGAUGAACACGAAAGACGCAAAAGCAACUGAAGGAGGUCUCAAUGUCACACUUACCAUUCGACUUCUUAUGCAUGGCAAGGAGGUUGGAAGCAUUAUUGGAAAGAAAGGUGAGACAGUUAAGAAGAUGAGGGAGGAGAGUGGUGCUCGAAUCAAUAUUUCGGAAGGCUCCUGUCCGGAGAGAAUUGUGACAAUAACAGGCCCAACAGAUGCAAUUUUUAAAGCUUUUUCUAUGAUUGCACUAAAAUUUGAAGAGGACAUAAACGCUUCAAUGACAAACAGCACAGUGACAAGCAAACCGCCUGUAACACUGCGGCUCGUCGUCCCAGCAAGUCAGUGUGGAUCCCUUAUAGGAAAAGGAGGUUCCAAAAUCAAAGAAAUCAGGGAGUCCACAGGAGCACAGGUGCAGGUCGCAGGGGACAUGUUGCCGAACUCAACAGAGCGUGCAGUGACUAUCUCAGGCACUCCUGAUGCCAUUAUCCAGUGUGUGAAACAAAUAUGCGUGGUUAUGCUGGAGUCCCCACCCAAAGGUGCCACCAUCCCCUACCGUCCCAAACCUGCCUCUGCACCUAUCAUUUUUGCAGGUGGCCAGGUAAGAGCAGACACCAUUUUGGCUUCAGCUGGAAACCACACCGUCUUGGCCCAACCUCAGCCAGCGCCUGCAUUCACGAUUCAGGGGCAGUAUGCCAUCCCUCAUCCAGACGUGAGUCCAGCACAUUUGACCAAGCUUCACCAGUUGGCUAUGCAGCAUCCCCCCUUUACUCCCCUUGGGCAGACCACCCCUGGUUUCCCUGGACUGGAUGCCACUACUCCAACCAGUUCCCAUGAGCUUACUAUUCCCAAUGAUUUAAUAGGCUGCAUUAUUGGCAGACAAGGCAGUAAGAUAAAUGAAAUCAGGCAGAUGUCAGGAGCGCAGAUCAAGAUUGCUAAUGCCACAGAAGGCUCCGCAGAACGACAAGUUACAAUCACAGGAUCCCCUGCAAACAUCAGCUUAGCACAGUACCUCAUUAAUGCAAGGAUAUGUUCUUCUCUUGGUGUUCAGGGAUUCCCCACACAUCGAGACGAGAAUAGACCCCUUCAUUUUUAGUUGCACAAACACCAUAUGGCAUGCAUCUGGACCUCAGAAGAUAACAAUUUAAGAUCUUCAAGACAGCUAAAGCAUGCAAAUAAUAUAAUGCACUUAUUAAUGGAGUUGCAUUGAGCUGCUCACCAGAGACAGAAACUCUAGUGAACAAACCUGUUUGACUCACUUUAGAAAAGCCUGUGAACUCUCACACUUCUGUUUAUUACUGUUUAAUGAUUCUUUCGAUGGAAUGGGAUAUAUAUGAGGUCUUUUAAGAUACUUUUGAAAAGAAGAAAACUUCUCAGCAGUCAUAUAUACCAUGGAUACUCUAUCUAUAUACCCUGUGAAACCAGAAACAAAAUAUUUUCUUCCUGUUGAACUUCUAGCUAGAAAUCAUUUGUUACUAUCAUCUACAAUAAACCAUCAUAUAUUAUUAUGUACCAUGUGUUGAAACUGUAUUUAGAUGAAGUGACUUCAUUUGUAAAUGAAGACUCUUAAAGUAAUGUAUAAUAAAUUAAGCUGUAAGGUACCAUAGGACAUUAAGGUGGCUUUAUUUAUUUUAAGAAGUGACACUGUUCCAGAUUUCUCCUUUCACAAGAGAGAUUCCUGCCCAGUUAGGUGCUACUGCAGUAGCAGUGUUAGUUCACAGUCACACUGGAGCAAGAACCAAGAAAUGUGCAGGCAAGAGGGAGCUCUGCUCUAGCUGGGGUUUAGAUUCUUGGGCAGGUUUCUCAGAGGCAGCACUGCGCUACUGCUGCCUGUGUAUGCUGGGGGUCAAUUUUAGUGUUGUCAGUCCUAAGCCUGCCACAAGUACUGCCCUCUUUUAAAGAUGCUGGCAUGACAUAGUGUUGGGGAAGAGCUAAGUACAGUACCUAGACUCCUCCAUGUAUAGUCUGCUAUGUCUAAACAUGAAUUAUAACAAAUAAAAGCCAUAUAAGUAUUCAGGGUAAGGUGGGUUUUUUUAAUCUCCCCUACAAGUCCUGUCAUUCUCAUGGAUUUGGUUUCCAGGGCAAGUAUUUCUGCAUAAAUCAAUGCCUCACAGCAGCAUAGGAUAUUAAAAAAUAACUAUCCACUGUAUUCCUAAAACAUUGUGUGUAUCUUUAAACUAUCCUCCAACCAAAGUUGCCAUCUAUAGAGUAAUUUAUCAAAUUGUUUAGAGAUUUUUAUUGCAAUCUGGUGUCAAAUAUGUACAUAAUAUACUCUAAAUUAUAUAUAUAUAUACACAUUGAUACAAUAUCAAGACAGAGAUUUAAAUCUUUCUAAAGUAUUGUUUUGAUUCUGUAUUGAUUACAUGAGCGCUGACCUCUGUAUGAGUAGACUGUGUGCUAGCUUGUUUGCAGUAGAAGUGUCUUUUUUUCCUGUAAAAUCUUCUGUCUCUUAACUGCUCUCCACUGUAGUAACUGGAUUUUCAUUAUCCAAUUCCAUCUUCUAGCUUUUAUUAAGAAGGUUUCCUGUGUAAUAUUUGACUUUGGACUAUAAACGAAUUGUAGCCAGCAGCACUUGCUCCUUGUUGAAGAGCAGUUUCCUGAAGAUGUUUAUUUACUACCAUGUUGAUGAGGUUCAUCCACAGAGCUAACAGGACCGUCAAAGCCAGACUCAAGCUUUAUUCCUUUCACCAGGUUUGGGUAAUGCAGGAUGUGCAUAAAUUCAUAAAGUACAGCGCUUCAAAGGGACAGGGUAAAAUUGGCACCAUGAAAUACUAUAUGAAAGCCACCUCAUCCACCUUCACAUUCAGUUUUGUUGUACAUACAAUUGGUUUGAGGAACUGCCCGUGUCACAGGACAGCUGACAGCUGACCUGA